GCUCUGUCUAUAAUACCAGCUACAAGCGGAGCUGAGGAGGUCUAAACAGCUAAUAGCUACAGACGUCCGUCUUCUUCGUGAGUACACAGAUCUUGGUGUCGCCAUCCCCCGAGCUACCCCCACACGGGCACUGCAACAUGGGGAAGAAGCUGAAGAGGAGCUGCGACUGCAAACGGAUACUGAAGAACAACUGGCUGCUCAUCACCACUGUGGUGGCUGUUGUCUUAGGCAUUGGUCUCGGAGUAUUGGUGCGGGAAUAUGGCAAACUUUCCAACCUGGACAAAAUCUAUUUUGCUUUUCCUGGAGAGAUUCUGAUGAGAAUGCUCAAACUCAUUAUUUUACCGUUGAUUGUUUCAAGUAUGAUCACAGGUGUUGCUGCCCUGGACUCUAGUGUAUCUGGAAAAAUUGGUCUGCGAGCUGUUGUGUAUUACUUCUGCACCACUGUAAUAGCUGUGAUUCUUGGGAUUGUGCUGGUGGUGAGCAUUAAACCUGGAGUAUCCCAAAGUGCUGAUGAUAUUGACAGAACAGGAAGUACCCCAGAAGUUACUACAGUAGAUGCCCUACUGGACCUGCUGAGAAAUAUGUUUCCAGAAAACCUGGUCCAGGCCUGCUUCCAACAGUACAAAACCAAGCGUGAAGAACUAAAACCUUCAAAGGAACCUGACAAGAACAGCACCAUAGAAAGAAAUUACACCUUAAAUUUGACAUUGACGGAUCAAGAGAACAAAACAAAAGAAUUCAAAAUAGUUGGCCUGUACACUGAUGGUGUGAAUGUUUUAGGCCUCAUCGUUUUUUGUCUUGUCUUUGGAAUUGUUAUCGGGAAAAUGGGAGAGAAGGGACAAGUGCUUGUUGAUUUUUUUAAUGCGCUGAAUGAUGCAACAAUGCAGAUAGUUCAGAUUAUCAUGUGGUAUAUGCCACUUGGUAUUUUAUUUUUGAUUGCUGGGAAGAUCAUUGAAGUUAAUGACUGGGAAAUAUUUCGCAAGCUUGGCCUUUACAUGGCAACAGUGCUCAGUGGCCUGGCAAUACAUUCUAUUAUUAUUUUGCCAUUAAUUUACCUUUUAAUCGUGAGGAAAAAUCCUUUUACGUUUGCCAUGGGCAUGGCUCAAGCUUUACUUACUGCGCUUAUGAUAUCAUCAAGUUCAGCAACAUUGCCCGUAACUUUCCGCUGCGCAGAAGAGAAAAAUCGCGUGGACAAGAGGAUUACCAGAUUCGUUUUACCAGUGGGAGCCACAAUCAACAUGGAUGGAACUGCACUGUAUGAAGCUGUGGCAGCUGUUUUUAUUGCACAGCUCAAUGAUAUGCAAUUGGACGUUGGGCAGAUUGUCACCAUAAGUGUUACAGCAACAGCAGCCAGUGUUGGAGCUGCCGGAGUACCUCAGGCCGGCUUGGUUACCAUGGUGAUCGUUCUCAGCGCUGUGGGACUUCCAGCAGAAGAUGUCACCCUUAUAAUAGCAGUCGACUGGCUUCUUGACCGAUUCAGAACCAUGGUUAAUGUGCUUGGAGAUGCCUAUGGGACAGGGAUAGUAGAGAAGCUGUCCAAAAAGGAACUGGAGCAAAUGGAUGUCACAUCUGAAGUAAAUAUUGCUAAUCCAUUUGCCAUUGAACCAACUAUACUAGAGAAUGAAGAGGACAGUGAAGUUAAGAAGUCUUAUGUGAAUGGGGGCUUUGCUGUUGAUAAAUCAGAUGCUAUAUCAUUUACCCAGACGUCACAGUUCUAAAGGAAUUUGGAUUGCUGGAUUACAUAGAACUCAAGUGUGACCAAGACUGCAAAAAAAAGAGCUUGAUUGAUGUUAACAGAGAUGUGUCUAACACACCAAAGUGCAGAUUUUCUUUUCAAUAUUUGGAUUCAAAGCUAUUGCUCUAUGUGAGCAGGUUAACAGGAAUGGACAAUUGUACAAAAUGUAACCAUUUUUUUCCAGUGCCAUGGUAUCUUACCACUAAACUUCUGGAAUGUUUAUUCAGAGUUAGCAUGUUCAUAACCUGGAUACUAUUAUCAAGGUCAGUAUGGUGAUACCUAAAUAUUAGCUCUUCUCAAGCACAGUACAACGUCACAUCAUUUUUAUAUGUCCUCUCAAAAAAAGUUGCCUUCAUGCAUUUUUUCAGACUUUUAACAUAUGUGCCAAACAAUUCCUAUUCAUAGGAGCGGUUAUAUAAUUGAGGUAUAAAAUAAUUUAUAGUAGGUCUUCCAGGGAUUUUUUAUGCGGAGACAAGAUAUAAGCUUGCCUUAUUGCUGAUCGUUUAUCAUAAAAGGCUCAUAGGUACAUUGAAUAUUUGUACAUCAUAUAUGUAGCAAGUAGGGGUAACCCAUGGGAUGCAUGACACUAAUUUUAAAAGUUAAAAGAAUUGAUGAUGCUCUAAAGGGCAUUAGAUAAUGCCCUGGUGCAAUUUACCAUAGUGCUGCUAAAUAACGCAUAAUGAAAUAGUGCCAAAAAACAUAAUUAUAAAUACUCUGGUACAUCUGUAUGUUUAUUGUAUGAAGUUCUCCAUCUUUGCUAUGAAUGCAGUUAAUUUAGGAGUUGCCAACUAGUGGCUCUGGUCUACAUAUGGUCCACGAACCCUUGUGAAAAUAUUUGCUGUGCAUCAGUGACCUAAACAUAUAGGCAUAAAAAUCUAAUAUCUAUAAAAUAUCUUUAUUCUUCAGCUUCAAAAUACAAGCCCUUAACAUUAGAAGCCAAUAAUUUUCACUAGUUUGUUUUAGGAAAUGUUCAUAUCACUAUACAUAUCAUGGUAUAGAAAAGUAGUCUGCACCUUCCGUAUACAUUUGUCUUAUUAAAAUGUAUUUAUCAUUGUUACAGUCUGACAAGUACCAUACAAGAGUCAUUUUCUUAUUAAUUGGUACAACACUUUAUGACAUAAAACGACCGUACAUAAGUCAUAUGUUCAAUAAUAAACAGCAUACAUUCCCUUAUUUAUAUAUAGAAUUUUUUAUGACUGAAAUUGCACAAGGUCAGGUCGAAUAAAUCCUGCUUGGAAGAAAAACAUCUCAAGUAAAUAGGACCACAAAAUUAAAAAACUGUGAAAUAUGAGGGAUCCAACUGAACUAGUUAUAUGUUUUGAUAAAGGCUAUCAUAUUUAUUUAACUCUAUUUGUAUUGGCAAAGCUCAUGCUUUAACGGGACAGUACACUGUAAGAUUGUUUUUUCCUUAAUGUAUUCCCAAUUACCAGCUGAAGAGUAAAAAAUGAAAAAAAGAGAGAAAUUGCAUUUUCAGGUUAAUUUGUGUAUAUGAAGUAGCUGGUUUUGUGCUUUGAAACCACAACCUACUACAAUAGGUUGAGCUUGCAGGGAAAGUUAGAGCUCUUUAUUUUAUCACUUUAUGUACAUACACAUGCUUCCUUGCUUUAUAUCUGUCUGUAAACCAAAGACAAAUACUUAGAGAGAACAAGGGAAAAUUAAAAUUGUAUUGCCUGACUAUCCUACACCCCACUGAGAGUGCAAUUUCUUAUUCUGGUUGUGUUCACAUAUCUUUUCAAUGGCCUAUACUUAAGUAUACAAACUUCCAGUAUAGGUUGGGAUACCCCAGGCUAAAUCAUCUAUUUCAAUGCCGAAAUAAGGGUAAAGGAGUUACUUGUAAAAAUUUAGUACACUCAGAGCUAGAUAACGAGUGGAGUAAAAGUUUGCGAUUCCAUUUGUGAGUUAACUUAACUAGAAGUAAGCUUUUUGUAUGCGUCGGGUAGCACACAUAUUAAAGUUGAAAGUAAAAAAAAUUUACACAAGUGCUGACCCAGCGUAUGCAAAAUGUGGAACUUAGAAUAUUGCAACCGUGUUAACGUAUACCCCCAAAGACUUUAGUGGAGUGGAAAAAGUGAAAAAAACAUCACAGCCAGGCAGCCAGCAAGUCACGAAAACCUGAUAACAUUUUCUAAACUGUGCUAACCCAACAUGAAAUAUUAA